AUGCCGCCGACCGACAACCAAGGAUCCUUCCUCAACCGGAUAAGCAUCCGGCGAAACCAAGUCGUUUACGAGCACGAAAUCGAAGACCUUGAACAAUUCCAGAAACACGUGGCCGACCGUCUCUCCGAACUCUUACCACCCUCAUCCCACGCCGAUGAAUUGGCCGCCGUUGAUCCGCCGGAAACCCUCUUGUCCAUCGCUUGGUUUCGUCGACUCCUCGACGCAUUUCUCUGCUGCGAAGCGGAAUUCAAAGCGGUCGUGAUCAUGGGCCGUGACGCUGCCAAUUUCGCUAAAUCGCCACUCGACCGCCUGAUCCCGGAGCACCUUGAUCGGACGGUGAAAGCUCUCGAUAUCUGCAAUGCGAUUACUCACGGGAUCGAUUUGCUUCUACACUGGCAAAAACUCGCCCAGAUCGCCGUCGAUUCACUUCAACAACGACCAAUCGGAGAAGGCCACGUCAAGAGGGCAAGGAAGGCGUUGAACACUCUAUUAUCGUCAAUUACGAUCGACGACAAAGAAAACCACCAUCAUGGAAAAGCCGCGGCGGCAGCCGCGAAAGAUCAUGCCACGAUCGGGAACCUUAGAUCGUUGUCGUAUUGUUUCGCGAGAUCAUGGUCAGCAUCCAAGCAAAUACAGGCAAUGUCGUCGAAUCUGGUGGCGCCACGUGGCGGCGAACCGACGGGUUUGGUUAUUCCUGUUUAUUUAAUGAGUUUCGUUUUGGUUUUCGUGAUGUGGGCGAUGGUGGCGGCGAUUCCGUGUCAGGAACGGACGGGGCUCGGAGCCCACUUGCAAUUACCGAAGCAAUUUCAGUGGGCACAUCCGAUGAUCGGACUGCAAGAAAAGAUCGGCGAGUUAUGGAAGAAGAAGGAGAAGAAAGGGCGGAGUGGGUUAUUGGACGAGACGCAAAGAUUGGAGAAAUUGGGGCGGAAUAUUGUGGAAUUUGCCGACGGGUUUACGUUUCCGGUGGAGGCGGAGAAGGCGGCGGAGGUGGAGGAGCAGGUGGCGGAGAUGGUGGAGAUAUGCCAGAAAAUGGAGGAAUUGGUGCCGCUGCAACUUCAGGUGAGGGAAUUGUUUCACCGGAUUGUGAGGAGCAGGGCGGAAGCUCUUGAUGUUCUUGAUCAAGUCACCAAGAUGACGACACCAAUUCAAUAUUAA